AUGAAACAGUUACUAUUAUUCCUAUUCCUAUACUUGCUAGCCAAUGUAGGGACUUAUACAUUUGCACAACAAAAGAAUAUAUUUAUAAAGUCAUUAUUUGUAGAGACUGGAUGUGAUUUGAUUAUAACAACAGUAUAUAAUCAUAGUGUCUUGUUCAAUAAGGUGACAACUUCGACCUAUGGAGAAGUCAAGAUCAACGAUGCCUAUCAAUACUAUGGACUCCAGUAUGCGAUAAUCCAGUUCACAGUACCAUACAACACAAACAACAACUUGACUGGACAGAUUCAAGACACAAACAACGCCACCCUCCGCUUCGAUAUGAACUUCUUAUGUCCACCUCAAAAAACAAUGACCGCCAGACUUGUGUAUCCGUUGGUGUAUGAUAGAGUUACACCUGUUAAUAUAUUUGUUCCAUUGCAGUUGGAAGCUUAUAAGUCAUUCGUUGAGAUUGGUGGCUUUGCAACAGACCCCCGUGGCCUCCAAUGUCAAGCCCCGGGCUACGACUGCACCAUCUACGCCCUGCGCUCAGACUCAGUCUCCGGCAUAGGCCUCUUCCAAAUGGUCCUCUAUCCAAGUGUUGUAAAGGGCAUCGCUCAGAACAUAAACUAUCAAGCACCCAUACCAGUGGGCAUCGCAGCAAUGGAUAACAGAUACGCCAACAUCACCGUACCCCCGCUGUUCAGCUACCCUGUUCGCACUCAAUCAUCUGAGGUCUAUACAUAUGGACUGAACUUCUUCGAUGCAUCGCCAUUGGUCAGUCGUGAUGGCUCUGCCCCUGUUGCUACAUUGAUCACAUCUUCUGGUCCCGCAGGCUAUACUGCGACUCCAAACACAGCCUUCCCUGCGGACAUACGUAGCAUCAAACCUGUCAAAGGUUCGCCCGAAGGCGUGACCAAGACACUUCUACUGGCCGAUGUACUUACCAACGUUGAAACCAAAGUCUAUGAGAUGCUUCCCACUCUAUCCUUGGUCAACAACUUUACCCUAUACUUCUCUAGGUAUGCCAAUGGUGAUGUUAAAUUGACCAAUAGGUCAGAUCUGGAACAGAAUGGAUUCUAUCCAUUAUCCAUUUCAUUUGAUCUACCGGUAUAUCAGAAAUGCUUGGUCCAAAGUGAUGUUGUUGAGACUGAGACCUCAGAGGUAUUCACAUACCCAUUUGGACUGAUGGGCAGCACAACCAUCACUCACUUCACCGUCACAUACUUGACCAGCAAGUACCUGGCUCAAACAAUCCCUUUUGAUUGUUUUGUGGGUGCUCGAGGUAUGGUACUUUCCGCCACCAAUAUAUCAACCAAGCCAUUGCCCUACGUCCAGUCAUUGGAUGUCAUACCAGUUGGUGGCUUGAAGCACUUGCUCAAGGCAAAGGUCAUUGUACCCGAGAGCGGAAUGAGGCUCCUCAGAGUGAUAUUCAGUUCAGGCGAAUACGUACCACUGACCAAGAAUGACUUGGUCGCUGGAGACAUGUUCAAUGGCACUUAUGAGAGGCUAUUCACACUCUACAAUGUGACCAAUCUCCCAGGAUACUCUGUUGAUAUUAUGGAUCAUGCUGGAAACAUCAACUCAUUCAACCUUGGCUACUCAGACAUCGCAAUCGGCGCUCCUUAUACAUUCAUGCUGAAUACAUGGAGUAUAUCGGCCGACGACUUGACAAUGUUGUACUUUGACACUUAUGUGAUGAAUGUCACAUCUUCAAGCGUGAACAACACUCUUUACUUCAAAUGCCCAAAGAUUCAACCUGAUUGGAAGGUAUCGAUCAAGUUUGGUGUCAAGGAUGAGAACCCUCUAUUCGUUCAGUUUGGUUACUAUGACAACAAGAAUAGUAUGUUUGUCAUUCCAUUCAAAGUUCCAGCAAGGCUGUACUCAAGAGAAAUGCAAUAUGUCUUGCAAAUGGAGCCACCCGAGGCCACGUCAUACCAACUCUACUCCAACCUGAUGCCACUCUACAAUGCCUACGGCAUAAAUGUGAUUGAAUACCGUAUGAUCAAAGAUCGUUUCCCAACCAUGCCCAACUUAACAAUUAUCUCAUCAUCUGCGGAUGAGAUGCCUCCCUUGAUCAUUGAGGUCAAGGCACUUCCAAGCACAAUGGUGGAUUUAACUUCGUUGACCGAAAAGAUUAUGAUUGGAUGGAACUUUACAAUUGAGGACCAACCAAAUGGAUUCAGCCAUGGAGUGAUUAGAGUCGUUAGUGACUGUUAUCGCAUGCCUCGCACUUACAACUUUACUGUGGCCAACAGGAUAAGUGGCAAUGAUACAGUGGGCGUCUAUCAAGUAAUGUUUGAAGUCGCUGGAAUCUAUCGCAAUCAAACAUACUCGGCACUGGAUGUUGAACUAUUCGACACAUCAAUGAACAGGGCGUAUUACUCAAAGUUCACCUCAGGACAACGCACGAUCAAUCCGUUGGCCAAGGCCAUUGACAACUACUCCAACGAGCUAUACAUCAGACUUGGUACUCUAUGGUCCGACUACACACUGCCCAUUAUCACACAGAUCCAGUUCAAUCCGCCAUCACUCGAUGUUGGUGGGUCCGAUCGCAGCAUCUACUGCAAGUUGUUUGUGAAUGAGAGUGAAGGUAUGGACACGACACACACCCCCUACGUCUACCUCACGGCCGGUCUGUUUGAGACAUACAAGAUGCCCGCGGUGCUGGUCAAUCAAUCGGGAAGUCUCUAUAUUUACGAAGCCAGGGGUGCCGUCCCGUAUGGCUUUGGCGCCAGCACAGGCCAGGCAAUGGUCUCGGUCUACGGACUGAUGGACACCAGUCAGAACACAAAGGGAUACCCACCCAGCGACCUGACCAACCUGGUGAUGAAGAUCAGAUUCACUCAUACCAUUCCAUAUAUUGAGAGCUAUGCACUUGGUGACAACUCAAAGGUCACAUUGUAUGGAAAGAACUUUGGAGUGGACCCCAGCAAGACAAUCGGCACGAUCACACCUGGCAAUGGCUCUUCAUACGUUGUCACCUCUACCGUGGGCUCAUCCCUCAUACAGAUAUACUCUUUGGACGCUGUGACGACAACAACAAUGAUAUCAGUUGUUGUGCGCAAUUCCAACUAUCCAUCAAAUGCCAUCCAGUUCCUUUACCAGCCGGCCAACUCAAACACGACCAACCCCACAAUCACAUGUCCAAACAACUGUUCUGGCAAUGGACAAUGUUCCAAAACACUCGGUUGUCAAUGUUAUGAUGGUUGGUAUGGAGAUGAUUGUACAUCGAAGACAAUACCACAAAGUGCCAAGUACCAAUACAGAUACACCAACAUCAACUUAUGUGUUCAAUGUUAG